UGAUGGUGAUUGGUUCCUGCUGGCUGAGGGUCUGACUUACAUCAUCGUCAUCAUCAUCAUCAUCAUCAUCAGACCAGAACCAGUAGGAACCAGUUCAGAAUCAGAAUGUUCAGGUACACUCCACCAUGGCAGGUCCUCUGUCACAGCCUGGACCACAACAAGAGACUCUCUGUGGACGACUCUCAGGCUGUUGUGGCUCCUCAAAGUUUUCAAACUUCGAGCUCUGUUCAUCGUCUUCCUCCAUCCGAACCUCCAUCCUCUGCUGGUCCAUCAACGACCCCUGCAGACAUGGAGAGCACCCCCAGAAGGUGGGUUCUGAAGCCUUUAUCACCCCUACUACAGCCGUCAGACCUGCGCACCAUUGAUAGCCCGGUCAAGAGCGAUGGCCUAGACAAUUCCUUUUGCAGCUCCAACAGCAUCUCUGUAGCUUGCAGUCAGUCCACGGUGGUGGUGUCCUCGCAGCAGGGCGAAUGGUCUAGGGAUGUGGUGGUUCAGUCCCGGCACGUUGCUAUGUCGCAGGACAGAGGGAGCACCAGUGACGAGUGGCUUCCCAGCAGCCCCAGCAACCCCAGCAGUCCCAGCAGCAGCUCGGGAUCUCAGUGCGGCUUCUAUUCCUUUGUUGAGGAUCCAAUGAGUCCCGAGGCCGAGCUGAACGAAGCCUGGAUGGUCUCACCGCAGCGGCAAACUCAGCUGGCUACCCUGAAGGAGGAGAAAGGAUUCAAAUUACAGACCUACGCCAGCAACAGGAAGCCAGAGAGUCUGUUCUCUGAGAGCAACGGAGACUCGCAGUACAAGGUUGAUGUGAACAAUGGCGUGAGAGUGGUUCAGGAGGAGGAGGCCAACCACCUCCGGAAGGAGAUCAUUCGCAGCCAAGCACCGAAGAAGAACCCAACAUUCAGAGAAGAGCUGAGUGUGCUUGAGAACCUGGAUCUGAGCAAAACCACAAAACAACUGAUCGAAGGUUUCAGUGUGAGCUCCAGUCCUGUGUGCUCGAAACCAGAACCUCCUCUCACUGCUGAACCUGCCAACAUCGACAAGGAGCAAAUAAACUUCAGCGCUGCCCGACAGCAGUUCCUGAAGAUGGAGCAAGACCAACAGACUGCUGUCCUCAACCCUCUGAGGUCAUUGAAAACAGAGCUGAACACGUCUCUGCAGUCUGAUCCUGAUGCGUCCUCAUUAAAGCAGAUGGAGACAUACUACAGCGUCCAGGAGAGCGAAGACAUGACACUGUCUACACCAGCAGAAGAAGAUGAGACCAGCCCAGAGAGGAAGGUGACGGUGACUGAGGAGAGUUUCAGCCGGCAGAGCAGUGUGUUCGAUGACCUGGACUCAGGCCUGGAGGAGCUGUGUGUGGAGGUGGGUGGUGGCUACACCAGUGAUGAAGGGAUGUUUAACGACAACACUGAAGAGACCAGGAGCAGCAAGUCCACCAGCAACUAUGAAACCCCGAUUGAGAGGGAGAUCCGGUUAGUUCAGGAACGUGAGGAGAGCCUGAGACGCACUAGAGGGCUGAAGCAUAGCAACAGCAGAGGAGAGAUGGUCGAGAUCAAAACCAGACGUUUACAGUCACCGCUGACGCCGAUCAGAACCAAAGAGAGGAACCGAGUGAGCUUCAUCAUCCAGAGAGAGAUCCAGAAGGAGAACCAGAGGAAGGAGGAGCCUCAGCAGCAGGGAGGGGUCCUAAGACCAUACAGUCUGGAUACUCAGGAGUUUGAUCAACAACACAAGGGCAAGAGGGUAGAAGACAGACCUCUGUCUGAGUCUGGAGACGCUGAAGUCUUCCCGUCACCGUGCUGUCCUCAUCGACACCUUGAGGAGACAGAUUCAUUUUUCAGCUACACGAGGUCAUCUUCCUUCUCUGCUAGGGACUCGGAGGUCCAGGAUAUGAGAGGUUUCCUCAAAGACCAAAUGACUUCUUCAUCUUCACACUCCUCCUCUCCCUCCUCCCCUAAACUGACUCAUCUUCGUGACUUGACCUCGACCACAACUUGGUCCUGGAGGGAGAACAGGGAGUCCGCUAGCCUGCAGUCUAGAGGACACUCCUCUCUGGACUUCAUAGAGAAGGAGAUAAAGGAGGACCUGAGACGGGAGCAGGAGCUGAAGCAGCUAAGGGCGUCCAGGGAGAAAACUGAUGGACAGAUCUUCUCUCCAGCUCCUCUGGUGGAACAGGCAACCAAGAUGGCUGUCAGCCAGUUCUACCCACCUGAAAACACAGAUAAGAGCAACAUUUCCUCUCCGUCCCCUCGUCCCUUCAUCCGUCAGCCCUCCCUCUCCUUAAUCACUGCUCAGCCCUGGGUGUCCUCACCUCCUCCUCCCUCCUCCUCUUGUCCCGUCUCCUCCCCACUCCCCCCUCCCUUGCCCUCAUCUCUGGAGGCAGCAGUCCGGCCAGCCCCGCCUCUUCUCAGAGGCCUGACGGAGACUCUGCUGCAGGACUUUGAGGAGAGGCGAGCCCAGCUGAAGCUGGAGGAGACCUCAUAUGCAGGAAUCCAGCUGGUUGACGACGUCAACAACGAGGUCGUUGAGUCGACUCGUGUCGUUCGACACAAAAACCAGCGCGCUCUGCGAUGGGAGGCCGGAGUGUUUGCCAACCAGGAGGAGAAGUGAGGACAGAUCCAGGACCAGGACCUGGAGGGGACGAGGAGGGACAACAUGGCAUCUCCUUCAGCUGACAAUAAAAUGCUUUAAAACUGGACCACUCCUGAUUGGUCAGCAUAGAUGACAGCCCUUCUAUGUCCAAUCACUUGCCAAGAUUCUGAUUAAUGUACAAAUUAAGAGGAGCAGCAGGUAUUGAUCAGCUGAUACAGCAGAAACAGGAAAUACUGAUUGUUUUCAUGAUUUCAAACUAAAGCUUCAGAAAAAAAGAAUAAAGUGAUUUUUCAAACUGACA